AUGUCCGAACAGGAACCAAAUAUAAAUGAAGAAAAUGGGUCUAUCGCAGAAUCUUCAAGUCUUAAUACUAAAUCCACUAAAUCUUCAAUUCCUUAUGCGAGCACUAUUAGGACUGCGAGCCUUUUUACCGAAUCUACUAGAGCAUCAAGUCAAUAUACAGAAUAUGAUCAAAAUGACGAACCAUUUAUAUUAAAUGAGAAACAAAGGGAAAGAGAAAAUGCAUUUUUGGGAUAUUAUGAAUGUUUAAACAGUGGUAACUCGAACUUAAAUAUUCCGACAAUGUCCAUAUCCACAGCUAGAAUUGAUUUACAUGAUGUAAUAUCAAGAAAACAUGUGAUGAAAGAAGGAAGGCAUUUAAUUUUAACCAAAAUUAAAGAAUCUCCACAAAUUAAAAAUACUUCACUUUUUAUUAUUACGGGUAAGGGUUGGAAAAAACAUGGGGAAUAUAGUGGAAAAAAAUUCAAUCAAUUUCCUGCAUGGAUGCAAGAUGAUGGAAUCGUAAAUUUAUUAGAUGGAAACCCUAUAAAGGGGCUUGGAACUUAUGAAGUAAUUAUUAAGAAAACUAUGGAUUCCAAUGAUAAAACAGAAUAUAACGAUAUUAACGAGGAAAUUUUAAAGAAUUGGGAAAAUAAGUCGAAGGAAAAAAAUGAUGUCACCUAUAAAAUGGCAUUAGCUGGAUUUUUUAUGAAGGGUAAUAAAGAUGAUUUUGCUAAAACGAAAAAAUGUUAUUUAGAAGCCAAAAAUUUGUAUUUAAAAGCCGCAAAGCUUGAUCCUAUUGAAGCAAACUUAUCUUUAGGAUAUAUUUAUUCUAUUGGCUUGACUCAAAAAAAUGAUUACAAACCAAGAAAGGCCAAAAAAUUAUUCAAAAAGGUGGCGAGAAAAGCGGCUGCUUCGAAAUCGGAUACGAAUGAAUUAAUAGCUGGAAUGGCCAUGCGAAAUAUUGCUACGUUGUUUCAUAACUAUUCUAUUGAACCAAGUUUUUUUGAUAGAUUCAAAAAUCUUGCUGUUAGUGAUAAAAAGCAAUGGAAUUUAAAAAAAGCAGAAAAAUGGUAUAAAAGAUCUAGUGAUAAAAAAGAUAGUCAAUCUGCAUAUAACCUUGGAUUACUUUAUGAAGGAUUUAAAGAAAAUAAAGGCGAAGCAGAAGCAUGGUUUAAGAAAGCAGUCGAUUUUAAUAAUAAUAAUUUAUAUGCGAAAGCUAAACUUGGAAGAAUAUUAAUAAAUAAAGAAGGUACGGAUGAAAACAAAAGAAACGAGGGAAUUAAAAUGUUGAAAGAAGCAGCAGAAGACGGGUUAGUUAUGGGACAGGUAUUUCUUGGUCGAGCUUAUGAGGAAGGAAUAAUUACCGAAGGGAAGGUUAAGGAUUACAAAAAUGCUGUUGAAUUAUAUUCUAAAGCUGCUUGGCAAAAUCGUGGAUAUUAUAGCCAU